AUGGGUGCAGCCCGGUUCGGGGCGUGGGGACGAGCUGUGUCCCCGCUGUUGCCCGCAGGCUCUCGGCGCGGCAUGGGGGAGGCCAGUGACAUGGACAGCGGGAUCGUGCUGCACUCGGACCCUGACAGCCCAGUGUCCCCCCCGAAGGAGCGGGUGCUGGUGGGGCAGCGGCAGCAGCAGGCACUGGAGGCCCAGCUGGAUGGCUGCAUCCAGGAGCUGCGACAGCUGUGCCUGCGUGAGGCGGAGCUGACGGGGACCCUGCCCUGUGAGUACCCCCUGAAAGCUGGCGAGAAGCCCCCCAAGGUCCGUCGCAGGAUCGGGGCUGCCUUCAAGCUGGAUGAGAUCGCCGUUCUGCGUGGGGACCCUCUGGAACGGGAACGGGCGCUGCAGCUGCAGAUUGCCGAGGCCGCCCGCCGGCUCUGCUGCGAGGAGAACAUCGGCCGGCAGGUGCGGAAGAGGCGGCAGACGGCAGCACUCCGGGAGGAGCAGAAGCUGCGGGAUCUGGAGCAGGUUCUGAGCCAGCGGCGGCGCUCAGCAGAGCCGGCCUGGCCGGUACCGCUGCCGUCCUGGAGCGUGUUGGGACAGGUGCUCAGUGCCUCCAACGAGAACUCCAUGUUGCACACUGGCCUGCUGAAGGAGGAGGACACACGGCCACCAGGACCUGCCACUCCACAGAGGUCCCCAUCUCCCAAGGACCCCACCAAGGAGGAGGAGGAGGAGUCAGGGCCUGUGGUACCCGCCCCCAUUCCCUGGCAGGAGACCAGCCUGGACAGACCCUACGAGAGGACCAAAAAUCCCAGCGUCGACCCUGAGGAUGGGGAAACCCAGAGCUCCCAAUGCUGUCUUGGGUCCCUGAUGGCUGCCCCUGCCAGUUCCUUGGCCCCCAGCAGCCCUGACUCUGCAAGCCCCUCAGUGUCCAGGACAGGGGACCCUUCCUACCAGUUUGUCCCCAUCCGGACCGUGGUGCUGUGCCGGCAGGCAGGUUCCAGUGCUCCCAGCACCCCUGAGCCAUCAGGACGGCAGGGACAGACCCAAUCUCUGAGGGUGGACCCAUGCUGGCAGCCAGCUGAGCCCCGGGGCCGCAGUGCCACACCCCGUCGGCGCCCCACCUACUACACAGUCACUGUGCCCACCUCGUGCCUCCUGAGCCCCGGCCCUGCGUGCCGCUCUGGCUCUGAUGACAGCAUCUCCGACCUCUCCAGCAUCUCCCACGCCACCUCCCCGGGCAGCAGCAGCCCUGACAUGUCCUUUGCGGUUCCGCUGCCCCUUGCCGAGCCUGGUUAUUACCCACGGGGUGCCCUCCAGCUCCUGCCACCUGCUGGCCCCCUGACUUUCCUGUACGAGCAGGAUCUGGCCCCGCUACGGUACCAGCGCCUGGUGCCCUCCCGAAGCCGCAUCGUGCGUACGCCCUCGCUCAAAGACUACGCACCCACCGGGGCCCAAGGGCUCUCCAAGGCCGCCGUCACCGAGGAGCUCAAGUCAUGGCACCAGCGUGCCCGGCUGAGGAGUGCCCGGCCCCACUCCCUCGACCGGCAAGGGGCUUUCCAGAGACCCCAUGGAUGUGUGCUGCGGCGCUCGGCAGCCGGCGUGCCCGUGCAGGUCUACAUACCCGAGAAUGGCGAGAUUGUCACCCAAGUGUGA